CCGCCUUCUCCUCACACUCCCCCCUGUCCCAAAUCCCCAUCUCUAGAAGCCUCUGCAUAGUCUAGCGACAGGUGGAAGCAAUGGCUAUUAGGGCUACCACUUGUGUUGCGUCUUUGGUGCUGUUUUUGACUCUUGUCGAGGCAAGAAUUCCUGGUGUUUACACUGGAGGAGCCUGGCAGAGCGCGCAUGCUACUUUUUACGGUGGCAGUGAUGCCUCUGGAACUAUGGGCGGCGCUUGCGGGUACGGCAACUUGUACAGCCAAGGCUAUGGCGUGAAUACCGCAGCACUAAGCACAGCCCUGUUCAACAGUGGCCUUAGUUGUGGUGCUUGUUUUGAAAUAAAGUGCGGUAAUGACCCACAAUGGUGCCACUCUGGUAGCCCGUCAAUUUUAAUCACAGCAACAAACUUUUGCCCUCCUAAUUAUGCAUUGCCCAGUGACAAUGGUGGUUGGUGCAAUCCUCCUCGUCCUCACUUCGAUCUUGCUAUGCCCAUGUUCCUCAAGAUCGCUGAGUACCGUGCUGGCAUCGUUCCUGUCUCUUACCGCCGGGUACCGUGUAGAAAACGAGGGGGGAUCAGGUUCCAAAUCAACGGUCACCGUUACUUCAACUUGGUUUUGAUCACCAACGUUGCAGGUGCAGGAGAUAUUGUGAAAGUGAGCGUGAAGGGAUCAAAGACUGGGUGGAUGAGCAUGAGUCGUAACUGGGGUCAAAACUGGCAGUCAAACUCAGUUUUGGUUGGUCAGUCAUUAUCUUUCAGGGUCACCGGCAGUGAUAGACGCACCUCUACUUCAUGGAACGUUGUUCCUUCAAACUGGCAAUUUAGUCAAACUUUCGUUGGAAAGAAUUUUAGGGUUUAAACUGGUUUAAUUUGAAUUUCCCUCUUGAUAUGUUGGCUUCUUUUUUCCGUGCCUUUUCUUUCCCGGGUGAAAAAAGUGGAAAUAAGAAAAGUGUGUCGGUGGUGGCGGUGAAAGGGAGAGAUUUUUUCCUUUUUUUGGGUGGUUGUUAUGUUAAUGGAUAAAAAAAAAGGUGAAAAAGUGAAUGUAGUAAGGUCGGAAGCAGAGGUGGCUGCAAGGAUGAAUGUAGCCCGCCGCUUUUGUUUACCAUGUUAUAAAUUAAUAUCUAUAUAUAUAUACAUACAAGAAUCUUGUUUCUUUGUUUUC